AUGGGGCAGCCGGAAGCCAUCCUGCCGGACAGCUGUCAUUGCUUCCAUCUGGGAUGGGGCAUUGACCUAGGGAGUUCAGCCUUGGUUCUUCUAGCGUAUGACACGGCCUUGGUGCUGCAGUGGCUAGAGGAUUUCCUUGAGCCAGAUGGUGGUGAUGAUUUGGUGCAAGGGCUGAAAUACGCGCUUGCCACUGCCAAUCUGUUCUUUCGCACCCUCCGGUCCUGUGGUGUUUUCAUUGAAGGUGCCAAGAAAGAGCUGGUGUUCUUUGCUGGUCAGCAAAUGUGUGAAGCCUAUGGUCACAUGGCGACAAAGUGCUUUCAUCUGGGCUGGAAGAUGUUUCGGCUACGCCCCAAAUUACAUUUUCAGCAGCACCUGACCCUGCUGAUGGGACCGGAGUCAGGGCCCAUUGCCUUUUCGGCAUUGAAUUUUAGCUGCUGGGCCGAUGAAGACUACAUAGGACGAAUUUCGAGACUAUCACGAUCGGUUCAUCCUUUGAAGUCGUCAUACCGGUGCUUGCAAAAAGCCCUAGGCCUAUACAAAUGUCAAUUUCAAUCCAUUCAGGGUGGCUGA